AUGGCGAUCGGCAAGUUAAUGGUGGAUAGAGAAGGCUAUGGCUAUGCAUGGUUGUUGAUGCUCACUGUGGUCUGCCUCUUCGUUCUAAAAAAUAUUCUCUAUUCCUCCUGCCUGGCUGCUACCAUCAUGGAAACACUUCAACGCUCCUCACCAGUGGCAACGACGAGCGAGGGAAUUCAAAGUCUUGCCCCAAGAGCAGACCACGAGCAAAGCCCCGUGGGCUCUCUUCCAUCAACCAUCCCCCUAGACGAAUCGUCGUCUCGCGACACCGAGAGCGUUGCAGAUUUCAUCAUGCUCGAUGAUGACGACGACGAUGAUCGAGCUGUAGCUUCAUCACCGCGACCACGGCGCGCCAAUUUGAAGAAGCCUGACUAUAGCUACUCAGAUUAUGAACGGAUGAUAAAGGAUGUCACUAAUCCUUCACGCAAACGGAGGAGGCAAGACAAAGACAAUAUAAUCCCGGUCGACUCCAUAUUGGUUCGUAUUUUAAUAUUCCGCUUAUUAAUCCUUUGGGUUGACACUUUCUAG